AUGCUAGGGAAGCUUCAAUACUUGACAGUGACACAUCUAGACAUAGUGUACGCAAUCAAUUUGCUUAGCCAGUUUGUAGCGGCACCAAGACGCACACACAUGGUAGCGGUGGAGCGGGUACUACGAUUUCUCAAGUGUACUCCAGGACAGGGUAUAUUACUCACAGCUAAGGGACCUAUGAAGCUUGAAGCAUACUGUGAUGCAGACUGGGCUGGAUGCCUUGACACCAGACAAUCGUGCACAGGCUAUCUCAUCAAGGUAGGAGGAUCCCCUGUCUCGUGGAAAUCAAAGAAACAGAGCAUGGUUGCAAGGUCAUCCGUAGACGCAGAGUAUAGGGCGAUGGCAACAACAGUGAGCGAAGUCAUAUGGCUGUGA